UCAGCCAUUAAAGGAACCCUGGUCAAGUACUGGAUCCUGUUCUGCUGCUCCAUGUUCUUUGUAGUUAGCUUCUCAGGCAGUGUGAUGGUCUACAAAAUCCUGUACAUCAUGCUUUUCCUGUUCUGUGUCAUCCUCUACCAGAUCUGCUAUGACGUAUGGAGGCGAGUGUUGAAGUACUUCUGGGUAGUGGUGGUGGGUUACUCCAUGGUGGUCCUGAUAGCAAUCUACAUGUACCAGUUCAAAACCGUCUCUGGACUAUUCCGACAGGUCUUAGGCAUGUCUGAGGAAGGUCUGCGGGAUCUGGGUUUAGAACAGUACGAUACCGUGGAGCUGUUUGCUAGGAUCUUCCUCCCCGCGGCCUUUCUACUUGCCUGCAUCCUGCAGCUGCACUACUUCAACCAGGACUUCCUGGAUCUCACUGACCUGGACAACGUUCCUGUCCGCCAGGCACAAACCAGAGAGGAAGAGCUGAGGAACUCAGUUAAUGUUAUAGCUGACAUAAUUAAAGAAAACCUUGAAAAGUUACAUGAACGGAUGGCAAAGGAGCAGAGUGAGCAAAUAAGUGGUGAGUCAGGACGUCUGGGGAGUCAGGGCACGUUGCACAAUGCUGGACUGUCUCCCUCAGAGAAGACACCUCAGGAGGGGCAUGAGAAAACAGGCACCCCAGAGAGCCGUAUGACCCAGUGGGGGUUGAUGGUUGACCAGGCUGGCCUGCUGCUGUUCCAGGCUCUGGUUGCCUUGCAGUGGGCCCAGGAGAUGGGCUGGAGGCUUAUGGAGCUUCACAGCCUCAAGAUUGUCUCCACCGGCAUCAUCUGGGUGUCCCUACAAGAGGUGUCCCUGAUGAACUUCCUUUUCCUGGUUCUGUGGGUCUUUGCCAUGCCGUUCCCCAGACUCCGCCCCAUCGCCUCCAGUGUGUCCUCCGUUUGGGCCGGUGUCAUGGUGGUUUGUAAAAUGCUGUAUCAGCUCAAGGUCAUCAAACCUCUGGAGUAUUCCUCCAACUGCACCGCUAGCAUAGUGUCACCUAACACGGAGGAGCUACUGAAGAGGUCCGUGCUGUACGUGGAACCUGUCGACCCAGCCAUAUGGUGUGGAGAGCUGCGCAAGUGUGAAGAUAGGAUCCUUCCCUGUCUAAGGAAUAAUUUGAUGGUGCUGGGGUUGCUGGUGUUUGAGGUGACGGUCCAUAGACACCAGCUCUACUACCGCCUUUCCAAUGACCUAAAGACCCCCAGCUUCAGUGUUGUCUUCCAGGGCAUCACACGCCAACACCUGGACCACGGCGUCCUGCCCUGCAUCAAAUACUUCAUUAAUUACUUCUACUACAAGUUUGGCCUGGAGGUGUGUUUUGUGGUGGCUGUGAAUGUGAUUGGCCAGCGGAUGGAUUUUUACGCGCUGCUGCACUCCUUCGCGCUGAUGGCCGUUCUGUCACGACGACGCAGGAAGUCCAUUGGGGAAGUGUGGCCUAAGUACUGCUGCUUCACUGCAGGCCUUAUGGUGCUGCAGUACUUGCUCUGCAUUGGCAUCCCUCCGGCGCUCUGCGUCGAUUAUCCAUGGAGGACCUCCAGUCAAGCGUUGACCUCCAACCUCAUUAAGUGGCUUUACCUGCCAGAUUUUGCCAUGCGUCCUGCUCCUUCUUUCAUCUUUUAUGACCACCUCCUGCUGCUGUGCUCCUCGCUGCAGUGGCAGGUGUUUGAGGAGGAGAACCGGGCCGUGGUGCGCCUCAUGGCAGGGGAGAACGUGGAGAUCAGCCGCAGCCUGGAUCCAAGCUCCUUCAACCAGUACAUCCCCGUCAACAACUUCCUCCACUGCAGAUCUUACUUGGACAUGAUCAAGGUGUUUGUGUUCAGCUACUUCUUCUGGCUGGUCCUAUGCCUCAUUUUCAUCACGGGCACGACCCGCAUCAACAUCUUCUGCCUGGGCUACCUGGUAGCCUGCUUCUACUUCAUGCUGUUUGGUGGCAGCCUGCUCAUGAAGCCUGUACGAUACAUCAUCAGGCUGUGGGACUGGCUCAUUGGAUACACCUGCUUUGUCAUCGGCAUGAAGAACCUGCUUUCUCUUGGCUCAUGUGCUUUUUUGGACAGCCUGUUGAAAAAUGGCUGUUGGCUCAUUCAAGCCUUCAGCAUGGUCUGUACAGUCGAAGGCUAUCAUGUCCCUGCUCCUGAUGAUGAGUGUGAGCUGCCGGAGGGGGAGGCGGGCAUCGUGUGGGAUGCGAUCUGUUUCACUGUGCUCCUGGCUCAAAGGAGAGUUUUCCUCAGCUACUACUUCCUGUAUGUGGUGUCUGACCUCAGGGCCUCAAAGAUCCUGGCAUCCAGGGGUGCUGAACUCUUUGAAGCUAAAGUGAAGAAACGGGUGGCUGCCAGACUAGAGAUGGAGAAGAAGUCUGUGGAGACGCUAAAGAAGCAAAUGGAGAAGAUCAAAUCUAAACAGAAGAGUAAGCCUGGCCCCAGAAACGCAGCAGCGCCAUCUACUGAUUUUGUGCCAAAGGAGGAGAGAGAGAAGGCAAUGAAUGAUCAGGGGAAAUGGUGGAAACCUUGGGUGUCACAGCCAGGGGUGGAGAACAACUGUGGCUACCAUCUUUUUGAGAGUGACAGUGAAGAGGAAGAGGAGGAAGUCCAGGAAAAGUCAGAGGAAGAGGCUACACCAAAAAAGAAAACUGCUUUUCAGUUUGCCUAUGAGGCAUGGGUCACAAGCUCCAAAGCAGCUCUGAAUUUACAUAAAAAAGAAGAGAACAACAUGAAACAAGAGGAGAAGAGGAGGGCAAAGAGAAAGCUGCAGAGACAGAAAGGCAUUGAGAAGACUGAGUCUAGUGAGGAUGAGUUGGAGGUAGAAGAGAAAGAUGAAGAUGAAGCAGAGGAGAAAGAAAACAAAUUUCAGAGGAUCAUCAACUCGCUCAAGUUUUUAUGGGUGUUCAUCCUUUCCCUCGUGGAUGACAUCACUGAGGGCCUUGACUCGUUUUGCAAAGACAAUCAGGACAUUUCCAAAGUGCUGUGCUUUGAGAGGGCUCUUCUGGGGCAGCAACAGAAGAAGGGGAAAGAUGUGACACAGGAGAGUGUGAAGCAAUUCUAUGACAACUGGAUGUCCAGACAGAACACCCUGGCCUCCAUGGAAGACCAAGAGGACAUCAUCCCCCCCGGCAUUUCUCCUCCGCCAUUACCAUCAUCAUCGCGAGGUUACACUAAGCUAAAACACACCCACUCCAAAAUCUCCUGGGGCAGCAGUAUGUCCAGUUGCAUGACGGAUGAGACUCUGCUGGGGUCGCGACAGCCUACUCAGGAUGAGCUGGAAGACCCACCUCUACUCCAGCCGGCUGAUGAGAAGCUAAGAUGGAAACUACUGAAAACUGCCAACAUAGACCUUAGCUCAUUUGAUUGCGAAAGCCCUCCACCAAGGGAGGAUGGUGAAGGAGAGGAAGCUGUUCCUGAUAAGGAGGACUGUGAAGGAGAAGAAGCUGUUUCUGAUAAGGAGGACUGUGAAGGAGAGGAAGCUUUUCCUGAUAAGCAGGACUGUGAAGGAGAGGAAGCUGUUCCUGAUAAGGAGGACUGUGAAGGAGAGGAAGCUGUUCCUGAUAAGGAGGACGGUGAAGGAGAGGAUGCUUAUAAAACAGAGGGGGACUAUAGAAUGGAGAUGGAUGAAUGGAAGGUUAAAGAAAAGCAGGAGGAAAGGGAAAAGGCUGUGAUCCUUGUAGAGUCCAUCUCUCUGGAAUAUCUGGAAUUUGAUAAGUGUAGCGAAGAUUUUCCUGAAUCACCCCGGCCUCUGAGUGAAUCCAGGAACCUCACUGCUAGUGAGCUCCUGCUCAACAACAUGUUUGAUAAUGAUGAAAUCAACGACUCCGACAAGUUCUUUCAGUCUCUGCCGAGGCCUCUGAGACUGCUGUUUGCCAUGUACAACACCAUGGUGUCAAAGUCGGAGAUGCUUUGCUACUUCGUAAUAAUCCUGAACCACAUGGUGUCAGCCUCGCUGCUCAGCCUGAUCCUGCCCAUCCUGAUUUUCCUCUGGGCCAUGCUGUCUGUGCCAAGGCCAACCAAGCGCUUCUGGAUGACCGCCAUCAUCUACACAGAACUGAUUGUGGUGGUCAAGUAUUUUUUCCAGUUUGGCUUUUUCCCCUGGACCACCUCUGCCUACCGUGGCAUAAAUGCGGAGCGGCCCUUUGCUCUGCCAAACAUUCUUGGGGUGGAGAAGAAAGAUGGCUAUGUUCUUUUUGACUUGAUACAACUUCUGGCUUUGUUCUUUCAUCGCUCCAUUCUAAAGUGCCACGGUCUUUGGGAUAACAAAGAGGUGGAGAUGCCAGACUUCUUCAAAAAGUUAAAGAAGAAGACUGAGAAGAAUAAGACGAGUGAGGGAGAAACACCAGGGGAUCACCCAAGGCGAAGACUGCCCUUCCUCCCUCUACAAGCUUCCACUGCCUCUUUAUUUCACAGGCGGGGAAAAGCAACGUCCACAGAUGGUGGUAUGCAACUCAAAAAGCAGCACUCGAAGAAGAGGAAUCGCAAUAAAGUGCCCCUGACCAGGAAGGAGAGGAUCAAGAAGCUUAUCAGAAAACGAAUGCUUGAGGCUAAAGCUGCUAUCAUAGAAGUGGCCCUGCACAUAUAUCUACCCAUCAGGCAGUUCUUCUACGACAUCAUUCACCCAGAGUACAGCCCAGUGUGUGACGUCUAUGCGCUUAUGUUUUUGAUUGACGUGGUCAACUUCAUUGUCAUCAUAUUCGGAUACUGGGCUUUUGGGAAACACAGCGCUGCCGCGGACAUCACAGAUGCUAUUGGGGAGGACCAAGUCCCAUCUGCCUUCUUGGUCAUGUUGCUCAUCCAGUUCGGCACCAUGAUAGUGGACCGUGCUCUCUACCUCCGCAAAACCCUCAUGGGAAAAUGUGUUUUCCAGGUGGUUUUGGUGUUUGGAAUCCACUUUUGGAUGUUUUUCAUUCUCCCUGGGGUGACAGAGAGGAGAUUUAACAUGAACCAGGUGGCACAGUUGUGGUACUUUGUCAAGUGCAUCUACUUCGGCCUCUCCGCCUACCAGAUAAAGUGUGGCUACCCAAACCGUGUGCUGGGAAACUUCCUGACAAAGAACUACAACUACCUCAACCUGUUCCUCUUUCAAGGGUUCCGCCUGGUGCCGUUUCUAAUAGAGCUACGUGCAGUGAUGGACUGGGUCUGGACUGACACCACCCUCAGUUUGGGCAGCUGGAUCUGUGUCGAGGACAUUUAUGCCAAUAUUUUCAUACUCAAAUGCUGGAGGGAGUCCGAGAAGAAAUACCCACACACCCCAGGACAGAAGAAGAAAAAGGUGGUUAAGUAUGGAAUGGGCGGCUUCAUCAUAUUCUUCCUCAUCAGUGUCAUUUGGUUCCCACUCCUCUUCAUGUCAUUGGUCAAGUCAGUUGCUGGAGUAACCAAUCAGCCUCUGGAUGUCUCCAUUCAGCUGAGCAUAGCAGGAUAUGAGCCAUUGUUCACAAUGAGCGCCCAGGAACAAAACUUGGUUCCGUAUUCACAGGCAGGCCUGAACCGGCUCACCAACCUCUAUGCCACUCACCCAUCAGCGAUGCAGUUCCUUGUGAACUACAUGGCAGAGGACAUUGUCAUUGCUAAGAUCAAGAGUGAUGCCAGUCUGCUGUGGAGCAUCAGCCCUGCCAGCCGUGACGCUAUGAUCCAUGAACUCAGCAAUUCCACCCACAUCUACAUGACCUUGCGAUGGGUACUAGUCAGGAAUGCAUCUCUGUCAAUGAACGUGGAAACUGUGGGGGAACACACUGUAAAGUAUGAGAGCCAGGCCUUGAGGGACCAGAUAGUUCAGAUGCUCAAAGGGACACGAAGUGACGCAGUGGUCAUUGAGUCUCUCCUUCCCAAGUUCAUCCGAGGUCCCGGAGGACCUGAGUCCAAGAUGGCCACUCGCCUGGAAGUAGAACACUUGGAUCGGCCCGAAGACCUGAGGACGUUCUCUUUCUUCCGGCCCCUGUCCAUCAAACUACAGAGGGCAGCAGAGAAUGGAAGUGUAGAGAGGGAUCAAUGGUGGAUGGUGGAGGAAUGCACUCCUGGCCAGGGGCACAUCCAAAGCGGCUGCCACAGCAUUGAGAUACUGGUGUUCAACGACAAAGUCAGCCCAUCUAGCCUGGGUGCUCUAGCUGGACAAGGAAUUGUGGGCCUGUACAUGUCCGUGGUGCUAGUCGUUGGAAAGUUUGUCCGGGAAUUUUUCAACGGGAUAUCCCGUUCCAUCAUGUUUGAGGAGCUGCCGUGUGUGGACCGUGUGCUGAAGCUCUGCACAGACAUCUUUGUGGUGCGAGAGACCGGAGAGAUGGAGCUGGAGGAAACACUGUUCGAGAAGCUCAUCUUCCUGUAUCGCUCACCAGAGACCAUGAUUAAGAUGACCAGAGAGAAGAGUGACUAGAGAGCACGCUGACAUUUAAAGAGGACAAUUCGUUUUGGUCAUAUUCCUACUGUACAAUGCAUGUAUUUUGAAAUCACUGACUUGUAAUUACAAUUUUUACAAAGGAAUACCAUAGGUCAGAAUCAUAGAAAUGUGUUCCUAAUAUAAAAUACAUUUUAAUUGAAGUUUUGGACAUUUUUAACUUUACACACACCAAGAAACUGCUGUUUUGUUAAUCUCAUUUUCUUUCACACUGUACUUAUAUUUAAAUUAAUAAAAGCAAUGCAAAGUUCA